AUGUCAGCAAUGAUUGUUGGCAUGGCCUUGGGAGGUGAAAUUGAUUGCAAACCUUUAAUCAAGAGUGCUUUCGAUAACACUGGUUGUUCCAGCAAGUGUGUUAUGAUUGCUGGAAGUGGAUUGACAUCUGGUGCAACUCAUAUCAGUUUCAAAGGAAAUAUGAUGAACAACAAUGGUGUUUUAGUUCAAAAUGGAAAGGUAGCUUUCCUUUCUAGUGAUUCCUACGCUUGUGAUGCCAAAAAUAGAUACCAACCAUUCCUCGUCAGUGGAUCUACUUCCUUCGAUACCUUCAACCUCUACUCCAAUGGUUCGAUCAGAGCUGGUGACAACAUGUACAACAUGAGAUGUUUUGAGGAGUUUGGAAAUCUCAUUAGUUUCAAUCAUAACGAUAUUCAUCUUUCGUUUAUUUUGAAGAUUAGCGAUCAGUGUGAUCAACUUCAUUUCGGUGAGAGUUGCUCAACUCCAUCAACUACUGGUUCAGCCACCACUGGUUCAGCCACCACUGGUUCAGCCACUACUGGAUCAGCCACUACUGGAUCAUCGACCACUGGAUCGCCAGCUACUUUUACCUUUGAUUUCACUUUGAUCAAUACUUGGGUGAUAGGUGAUGAUGAAUUCUCACAAUAUAAUGUCGAUAUUAAGAAUAAUGGCGCCACCGAUAUCAAGACAUUGGUCUUCUCACAUGAAAACUUUGAGCCAACAGAUAAAUGGAAUGUAGAGUCACUUCCAAAUGGUGAUUUAACUUUACCUUCAUGGGCUGGAAUUGGUGCAGGUCAAAAAUACACAUUUGGAUUCAUCACCAAAUUAGCUACCAAGCCAGUAUUCACAGUAAAAUCCUCUUCUUCAUAA